UCCACUUCGCAUGCGCGAGACUACCGCCCCUGCGAUCCCGGCCACAAAAUGGCCGACAACUAGAGCGUUCCGAAUUGAUUUUUUUUCCACCACAAAUUAUUUAACACUUCUCGCUACAGUUCCCAACGCGUCGCAAUCUACAAUAACAGCUAAAAAUAAUCGCCGUUCAAAAGUGCACGCGUCAAAAAUAGUACGUUCAAAUUAUAACCUACAGACGAAUAGUGAUAUAAUUCGGUUCUUGUAAGGACUGUUACGGUAUUUCUUUUAUGUGUUAAAUAAUAAAUGUGUCAUCAUUCUGCUUGGGCCGGUGGCUGCACAGAAUCCAUGGGGUCGCAAACAACAGAAUUCAGAGAUGGCAGCAUCCAGCCAUGCCGGAGCGAUUGAAAUAAACUAAAACUACCCUCUUCCGUGCUAAUCUUCCAUAGAUUAUAAAAUAAGGGGAGCGAAAACGAAACAAAAAAAACGCACAUGACUAUAGUUCAAAGGGGUCCCAUUUGCGCUUGAAGUGUGUUUGAAAAGCGAAUUGAAACAAAAUGGCGUCUGUUUUUUCCGGUCAUUAUGGCGGGGGACAGGAAUAUGUACCAGUGGCAGAGUUUUACGCGGACAAAUCGGUAUUCGUCACUGGAGGCACUGGUUUUAUGGGAAAGGUGUUGGUGGAGAAGUUGUUGCGGAGUUGUCCUAAAAUCAAGAAGAUCUAUCUGUUGAUGCGGUCGAAACGCGGGCAGGACGUCGCGUCGAGACUCACCGAGCUCACACAGUCACCGUUGUUUGAGACGCUGCGGAAAGAACGGCCGCAGGAGUUGAACAAGAUCGUCCCAAUAGUGGGUGACAUCACCGAGCCAGAGCUGGGCAUCAGCCCCGCGGACCAGGCCAUGCUUUGUCAGAAGGUGUCAGUGGUAUUCCACUCGGCAGCGACAGUCAAGUUUGACGAGAAGCUGAAGCUGUCGGUGACCAUCAACAUGCUGGGCACACAGCAACUCGUGCAGCUCUGUCACCGCAUGCUGGGGCUUGAGGCGUUAGUCCACGUAUCAACGGCGUACUGUAACUGCUCGCGGGAGCGCGUGGAGGAGGUGGUGUACGCGCCGCCUGCGCAGCCCGAGCACGUGGUCACGCUGGUACAGACGCUGCCAGCCGACCUCGUCGACCGGAUCACGCCCGAUCUUGUCGGUGACAGGCCAAACACUUACACGUUUACAAAGGCCCUGGCGGAAGAUAUGCUUAUAAAGGAGUGCGGUAACCUUCCCGUGGCGAUUGUCCGACCUUCUAUCGUACUCUCCUCGCUCCGAGAGCCGGUGCAAGGCUGGGUGGACAACUGGAACGGUCCCAACGGCAUCAUAGCAGCAGUUGGCAAGGGCAUCUUCCGCACCAUGCUGGGCACAGGAGCACGCGUGGCCGACCUCGUGCCCGUCGACACAGUCAUCAACCUGAUGAUCGUGUGCGCGUGGCGGACGCACCUGAGACGAGGUGACGGCGUGGUGGUGUACAACUGCUGUACCGGUCAACAGAACCCUAUCACGUGGCAACGCUUCGUCAAGACCAGUUUCAAAUACAUGCGGAAACAUCCCUUCAGCGAGGUGGUGUGGUACCCAGGCGGCGACAUCACCAACAACCGGCUGAAACACGGAAUCCUGUCGCUGCUGCAACAUCGCGCACCAGCCACUGUUAUGGACCUCGUCGCAAGAGCCAGCGGGAAGAAGCCCAUGAUGGUUAGAGUCCAAAAUAAGCUGGAGAAGGCAGCGGCGUGCUUGGAAUACUUCACGACCAGACAGUGGGCGUUCUCGGACGACAACGUGCAGGCUCUCUGCGCGGCCCUUUCGCCCGAAGACCGGCGUAUCUUCGACUUCAACGUUAAAAACAUCGACUGGGACGCAUACAUCGAGAGUUAUGUACUUGGUAUCAGAAGGUUCCUCUUCAAGGAGAGCCCUGACACGCUGCCAAAGUCAAGGAAGGUGCUUUCUAGGUUACACAUAGUCCACAUCAUAACCCAAGUGGCAACCGUGUUCUUCCUCUGGAGAUUCCUGUUCUCUCGCUCGCAAGCAUUGCGCAGCCUCUGGCGGCGCAUCGUCGACUUGUUAUCGCGCGCCGCCCGCCUCCUAGCCAUCGCCUGAUGCCACGAGCGUCCAUACCUUCGUUGACGACGCCCCUCUCACAGAUAGCAAGGCUUCAGCAACCUUUUUUGGCCCAGGUGAAGUUUUAUCAUCGACAAAUAAGGACGCAAUUUAGGACUACUUUUCUCUUUCUUAAGCUUAGGGGCGGUCGUGUUGCUUUUAUAAUGGCGCUGCGGCGCGGAAUGGACGGUCAACGAACGGUCAACUGACGGCCAACGAACGGCCAACGGACGGACAGGUUUACCGUUCGAUUCCGCACCGCAGAAGGCUAUAAUUCACUUUCCAAAGCUAGGCAUUAAGACAGUAACUCUUUACUAUGUUGCAGUAAAGGUGAUUCCAAAAGUUUUGUAUACCUAUUAUAGCUCAAUGGUUAUCGGUAAAAUGGUAAAGUUCAAAAUGUUAUUGCAUAGUAAUAAUGUACAAUAGUGUAUGCUGACUCAGUGAACACCUGUAUAGUACAUGUUCGACUAGAUACAUAGAAUUUGUCAUUUAUGUCCAGUAAAAAUUGCAUUGAAAAAAAAACUGAGGUUUUCUUAGGUCUUUAUAUAGCAGGAGGAGUUUCAGUGUGAAAGAUACCAGUUUCAGGUAUUGAUAGCAAUCAGCAUAAUGACUAGGUGAAGAACUGAACGAUAUUUUAGCGCUCUAUUAAUGGAGUGAAGUGCCUAAUGAAGAGAGAAGUGCCCAGAAAUAGCAAAGUGGUACUUAAAACUAGCGAACUGGCAUAUUUUACACUUGAACUAGAAAUAUUGUAGAAGCAGUAAAGUUACGUAUACAUGUUGAGAGUGUUAAUAAAGCAGCUUUAAUUAUAAUAGAAUGUCGUUUAUUUAUUGAAAGAAUGAAAGGAACGGCUUAUUUGCACUUUUCUGGCGGCGUUAGUACUGAAAAUGUUAGGAAAAUUUAAAUCUUUGUCACUUAAAAGGCUAUAAUACAUAAUCGAUGUUAUAUAGUUAAGAUUUAUAAACAAAUCUUACGCGUGGCAAUUUGCAAGAGCAAUAGUUGAAUAGCAUUCAGUAUUGUAGUGUAAUGAUAUUGCUAUCCUUGUCUCGGGAGUAUACUUCAUCUGAAUACAAAGCAAGACAAACAGUUAGCUGCCUGUACAGUGAUGGCGUCUUAGCGAGAAUCAUGGCAGUAUACAAAAAGAGUAAUAAAAAAAAGUAAAAAAGUGUAAUAAAUGUUCAAAAAGCAAGAAGUACUUAUCAAAUGAUUAACAAAAUAAGCGAUGUUGCCAGAUCUCUUAACGCUCUCCACACAAACAUGUAUCGUCAUACAAGACAACUUGCAACGUUGCACGCAACAAGUUGCGUAUAAUGUUUUUAUUUAGUCUAGUGACAAAACUGAGCUAGAUCAGACUAGAGCAAAUAAGCCGAAGAACAAGUGAAUGGACGGAAGAACUAGAAACGAAAAUUCGUGAAUUUACAUUUGAAUAGCAAAAUGGCGACUCGAAUGUCGUUUUUUUUUUCACAAUUUUGCGCACACUAUCGACUGCCAGUUUCUCUAAGACUAUGUUAAACUUCUUGUAUCUAACCGAACAUCGCAGUUAAUCUAUUUAAAAUAAAUUUCUUGUUGUAAUUCAGACAUUGCUAGAAAUCUAGAUAUAAUUCAGUUACAUCACAUACCUAAUAUUAUUUCGUCCAUAAUUUUAUGUGUUUUUUUUUCUGACAAUUUCUGUGAGUUUAGAUGUGGAAACUCGAUAACUGAAACUAGUCAUUUUACAUAAAGCACCCAUGUAAGAUAAUGAAACAAAAUUUCCAUAUGAACAAAAUAUUGUUGUAAAACGGUUAUUAGUGAUUUAUUAAAUAAUUAUAAAGUAUGGAUAGGGUGGUUGAGGUGUGAUGUAGUUGUGGGGUUGUAUGAGUUUCGUUCCUAAUAAGUCGAAACUCGAUCUAUUGACCAUUAUGACGCUUCAGAAAUUCAUAUAACACGCAGUUUCUAUAGUCUUAGAACCUAUUCGUAAUGAUAAAAAAGACACUUUAAUGUCAGUUACGCCUGUUUGCUAUCCCUCCAUUAUAAAACGGAAAAGUCGAUACUCGUUAUCUGUCUCUAUCUAUCGUUCGCAUUAUUUGAAAUCUACCUGUCUCUUUCUCUCUUUUGUCCAUUAUGUGAACUCCCUCCGCAAGGCUGUCUAAGGCCAAGCUACUAUUUUAUUGAAGAGUUUUAAAGAUCUAUUUUAUCUCUCCUUUCAAAUAAUUUGCGUCGGAAAAAAGUCUAAACUGUGAUUGUUAUGUGGAUUUUUGAACGUCGGCCAUUUUGUGAACAUUUCCAAAGCAUUUUAGUAGCUUGUGAAACAGGCUCUCAAGUGACUAUAAAUAUGUAAAAAAACGAAAUAUGAAAAUUUUAAUAGGACAUAAAACGUACAGAUGUUAAAAUAGAAAAAGGAAAUGUAGGAUAUGUCAUUUAUACAGUUGUCAAAUGUUACCCCCUUCCUUUCCGCUUGACGCAUUUUAUACUUAACCGUGGCGCAUCUGUCUGUGGGUUUUAUGUCCUAUAAAAAGAACAUAGCGCUUUUCUCUCAUUUUUAAUUGUAUCCAGAAAUCUUUCUCUUAAGUAACUUAGACAGAGCUAUGAAACUUUUUGCUCGAUUUCUUGUAUUAUGAAUAUAUUAUAUCGAAAACCAUUUUGACAUUAUCUUGUUGACAAAGUUCUUAAGACAGUACCGAAUGACACAUAAGAAUGCUAAAAUAGUAUCAGAAAGAUAAUUAAGUCCCACUAUGGAGUAAUUAAUAUACUAUAUACGUAAACAGAAGGUCCCUUGCCAUACUAGUAAAAGUUACCGCUAAGUAGCACGCAAAUGCAGCGCCGAUGGCGAACAAUUUAUUGUAACUGUUCAUAAUAAUACCACACACCGCCACUAGAUGGCACUUAUUUCCAUAUGUAAGCUUAUACGGUUAGCGACAUCUAGUUACUUCUUGGCGAAAUAGAGUACUACUGUUCCUGCCCAUACUAUAAAAAAGAGCGCUGUUGGCGAGCGUAAAAUAAAAUUUAUAAUGGAAGGAACUAUUGCUCAUUGCGGUGUCCUUAUCAAUGAUUAGAACAAAUUGAAAAAGCAACAUGUCUCAAAGAUGAUGUGGAAAUGGCUUUAUUAGAUUUUCUUACUUCUAAUGUCGCUUGAGAAGCCCAGCAUUUCCUUACAAAGUGUAGCAGGCUACGUUUCCCUAAACAUUAGAAUAUUUUGGGGCAGAUUUGGAUUACGAAGUUAAAUGCUAAAUACUUGUGUAAACAGACAUUGGCGUGGCAUCUAAACAAACCUUAAUUUGGGAGUUUGACGGCUUUAAAACUAGCGCCAUCUUUUUCUGAUGCUGUUGUUAAAAAGUGAUAGCGCUACUUUAAAACUGUCAAGCUCGAUCUGUCAGAGUAAUAAUGAAGACUAGUUUUUAGGGGAACGUGAAGUUGCAUUUAAAACACCGCAUUUCAUUUGAAAUAACAAUUGCUCAACAAAUUUCUACAAGCGGUAUGAUUUCCAAAAAGCUUUGGGAAGAUUUGUGCCGAAAUUUUGAUAUCCUUUGCUAGAUUCGACUUAGUAUUGCCGACUUCCUGCGGUCGAGAGUCACGCACGAGUCCAAAAUAGAAAAUUAGUAAAAUCUUAGUACGUUUAGGGACAAAGUACUUCCAUCGCACGGAGUCGGCCCCAAUAGUCGAUAUUAGAUUUAAAAUAGAUGAAAAUUGGAUUUUCACUGAUUCCAUGGGAUAUUGAUGUUGGUUAGGUAACGCUUCGGGUUUUCUGAAAAUAUUCUGUACAAUGACAUGGGUCUUGAUUUAUGAAAUGCAAGCUACUCCCGUAUGAUAUUUUGUUUAAAGUUUUGACGCUUCCUUAGUGGUAAAGUAAUUUAAGGUGUUGAUUUUGAUUGGAUGUUUGUAAUUUUUUGGCUGUCCAAUUUUAUUUGAACUCACAAAAUGUUUAUUAUAACCGCUGGUUCACGGUUGAAUUUAAAGAUUUUGAGAGGCAACAUGAAUUAGAGGAAAACUUACUAUUUGAUGAAUUUUUGUUUCUAAAGCAUUCAACCGUGCUUAGAGAAACUCACAAAGAGAAAAUUAAAUCGAAAGCUCUGAAUCGCACGGGAUUUGAACCCACAGCUCUUGGCAAUUUGUCUUUACUACGACUAGCUACAGUAUCUCUGUUCAGCAGUUUAUGCCCAUCCAUCCAUCCACCACAGUCAUCCAUGUCCAGUCCAUCAUUGGACAAGUAUCUCACUUUUAUAACAUAUUUAGGACGCUGUUUUUUCUUCAUUCCUAAUUCACAAGAUAUCUCAAUCAUUGCAAAUGGUAUAGGUAACGCUAACAGGUAGAGAUGUUUGAUCUAGAGUAAUAAAUCUAAAAUAGUUCAUAAUUUUCAUAAAGAUUGAACAAUUCUUAUGUUAUAAAAAAAAGGUACAUUGGGCAUGUCAAGAUCUUACGAAUAAUCCAAAAAAAUGAAAAUUUCGCCUUGGUUCACAACGAUGUGGCUACGAUUGUCGCAAUAUUUAAGCAAUUUUUAAGUUUAGCUAUAUUUUAACGUUAACUCAUUUCCAUUGCAGUGACUUAGAUAAGGGGGAAGGGGAUAUGGAAGGAUUUAAAGUAAAUUAAGAUUAUUUAAUCCUAAGUAAAGGAGAUUCUUGGUGGAAGUAACUUUUGAAUAUAAAGAAAGUUUUUAUUUUGAAAAGCAAAAGACAGGAAACAGCAAAGUUCUGAAAUUAAAAAGGAAAACUAAAAAGUAAAGUCUUAACGUGACUUAAGCGGUGAUUUCGGAAAUUAUUGGCCAUCUUUUGGAAAGUCAAUAAGUGUUUUCAAAGGAUCUGAAAGCCAGCACAUACAGAAAAAGUUUUUGAUCAAACAAAUCUUUCGCCGUCUUAGCGAAUGUUCAUUUGUUACUAGGGCGUAAAAAAUUUUUGGUUUCAUUCCAAGUCGUAAAGUCCAUAUGAGUAUCUAACUUUUUCUUAAAUAAUAUUGAUGUGGAUAACAUUAUGUCAGAGGUAAAGCUGGUAUUGCAUUAAACGUAUUUGUAGCUGCAUCCAACGGUCGAAUACAACCAAAGUUAAGAACUCAUCGAUAAAUACAGAUACAUUCUGGAAUUAUGUAUUGUAAUAUUGGCCAUACCUGACUAGGUUAGUUAAGUCAUGUUGAGUUCAAGUUGAAAUUUUCAUAGCAAAUAAUAGGCUUGCGUGUUUUUUUUUACAUUGGAACUGUCUACUGAACACGAAACACGGAAAAUUGUCUUUGUUUGGUUACAUUUGUCAAAUUCUGUGGUUUUGACUCUAUGAACGCAUAAUCAAGAACCGAACUGGGAGUUAAAAAGGUCACAUAGAAGCAAUUCAUCUAAAAAAGCAAUGUGGCUAUUUGAAUUUUGCGCAAAUGAUAAAAAGCAAUAUUUGCUUUUAUAGGUGAGUUGUUUCGAUCUGGGGAGGGGUUAAAAAGGCCACAUCGAUGUGAUGUAUCUAAGAAAUAAAUUUUAACCCCCCUGGCCUUUUUAGCACCUCUGAACUGGAAAAAUUAUAACAAAAAAGUAUAUAAAGAUAGGUUGCUCAGUGAUCGACUUGCAAUUCUACUUGCAAUUGCGAGCUACUUGCAAUUCUUGCAUACUUCCCACGUGUUCAUCAAUUUUACACUGUCUAUAUGCAAUUCUCCAGAUUCUUCAUCUGACUUCCUCACUUAGUCUUCCUCAAGAUAUUCAGACACUCGUCCUUGCUUUCUGAGGGGUUAAAAUAGCCACAUAGAAAAAAAGUAUAAUAAAAAUGUAUUUAUUGGACCAAUCAAUCAAUCACUGCUGGUACUUAAAAUGAGUAAAACCUGUGCUAGAAGUACCAGCCAGCUAUCUCCCAUUGACACAAAAAUAUCCAUAACAGUUUCAGCGGAGUUCUAAUAUAAUACAAGAUACAACUAUUUAAAUAUACUUUUGAAGCAAUUUAUCUAGCAAAAUCUUUUUUGAUACUUGUUUAUCCCCUUGGGCAAAGGCAAAGCCGUGCACUAGCAGACGUCUAGCAAACAACAUCAAUUGCAAUUUGACAUUUGUGCACGUAAAAGUAAGCGCAUAUAAGCGUCUGAUUGCAAUAUGCUUUUUUAGAUGAAUUGAUUCAAUGUGACCUUUUUAACCGCCCCGGUUUUGUUUUGAUCUCAUCUAGGAUUGCUCUUCAAGUCUUCCGUUUCUAACAUACAUCUUCCAUCACUGUAAUCCUUCUGUAGAUUCACAAACUGUCAAAGGGCAACUGCAGUUACGUUAUUAAUUGAAAUCCUAUCUUGUCUUUGAAGGUACUUUUAAACAGAACUACCGGGUGGUUAAAAAAGCCACAUCGAAACAAUUCAUCUAAAAAUGCGAUAAUUAAAUUUGACAUUAGCGCAUAUAAAAGUAAGCGCGCAGUGCAAACAAAUGUCAAAUUUAAUAGCAAUAUUGCUUUUUUAGAUGAAUUGCUUCGAUGUGGUCAUUUUAAAUCCCCCAGUUCAGUACAAUAAGUAAUUAAACAUAUUUUAAUAAAUAACAUUUUAGAAUAGUCUCAAUGCGCGGUAAGAAGUACAUCUGCCAAAGUACGUCAGCUAAUGUUGUGACGUUUAUUAGCAUAGUGAUGUAACAGUCGAUAUAAGGUCGAUCAGUUCUUUUUAAUGCUAUCUAACAGUACCUACAAACUGCGUUGUUAUUUUGUUGUUGUCUUUCUCUAAUAUUCGAUCGUUUUGCUCCAGAUUCAUACUGAAUUUUUCAUUUCGAGCGCCUACAUGCCAGAAAAGGCUUCCAUAACGUCGUAUUUUCCAAAAAAAAAGACUCACCAAGUCAAAAUUUAUGGAUAUUUUGAUAAAUGUAACCGACUACUUCUACAAUAUUCUGUAUAAGUUAUACAUUAAGUAAGUCGCCUAAGUUUAUAAUACAAUUUAUAUAAGUGUUAGCAUUUUCUUAAUUAAUAAGUCUAACAAGGCUCCUUCGCUAUUUCUUUUGAUAUUUUGUCACAGUCUUUGUGAUUUGGAAUGGAUUAUGUUGAGUCGGAUCUUGUAUGAUGGCGUAUGGCAACAGCUUGUUAGUAAAAAGUUCAAUUCGCUCGUUAAUCGAACUCGGGACCUCAAGUUUCCAGGUAAUGUGCUGGUGGUGAGGCGUAGAGAGAAUAGACUACAACACAGAGGGUCUCAUGAAAUAAAUCCGAAUGAAAAUGGUAAAAAUCCAAGAAUCCAUCUCACAAAUGUACUAAAGUUAAAAGAAACUCCAAAUAUUUGUGGCUUUUGAAAUUUGCAAACGAUUUUGCCAUAACAUGACACUAAACUUUCUUCUGUGAAGCGUUCAUAGUCCUAUUGCUAAAUAACAAUCUCUGCCUAGCAACCUCAAACUAAGAGGGUAAAAUAAAAGAUAAAUUUGGACUUCUAUUACAUUCCCGAAAUAUCACGUAAAAAUGAAAUAUCUACUUUAUUGCACACAAAGUUACAAGACAUUUACAGGAGAAACUUAUUUUAAGGUGGGCCAAGCGGCAUUAUCGCUAAGAGCGAUCUCUUCCAGACAACCUUCGGCAAAAGAUAAUGAAUAAUUUGUCAUUAUUCAUGAUUGUGUUUUAAUUAUGCAGAUUGUCUUGUUAAUGGGUGGAAAGAGAACAUAAAUAUUGAUAGAUGAUCUCAUAUGAAUAGAAAAAUACGUACGUAAAUAUACUCACGCCUAUUUCCCACCGGGGUAAAGAGAGACUAUGGAAUUCCAAAAAAAAUAUAUAGUUAAAUACUGAUCCGACUUGGUGUAUUCAUUCCUAAUUCUUCCAGUGUUCAAUAGAUAAUGUUGAAUUAGGUUCUCUUAGUGUAAAUUUAUAUAAAAAGGAUUCCUAAACGAAGGUGGAUUUGUGAAUUAUUAUAAAGAUAUAAUGUUUCUGUGCUUGUAAGUAUAUGAUUAUGUGUACAUUUUGAACAAAAACAUUAAUUUAAAAUGUUAUUUUUGAUUUUGCGUUGACGCCUUUUCAAUUAAGACAAUUGUUUGGAAGUAUAAAGAAAUACUAAGAGAAAAAUGUUUUGUGCGAUAUAUUAUUAUUGUGUAUAUAGAAUUUAGUUACCCAAAGUUAAAUCCAAGUAAAAAAAAUAAAGUAUGUUUCAUUUUUGCUGUAUGUACGUAGACUUUUGGAGUGAUGUAACGUUUGACAUUGUUUUUGGACGGACUUUUGAUGAAGACUCAUUACUAUCAUUUUAAAUCCAAUAUCUUUAACUCUUCAUUGAGAAUAGAUAAAAAAAUAGUUUGUAGUAAUAAAAAUACAAUAUUACGCAAAUAAUUAUAAUAAAAGCAAUAUUUUAUACGAUAAAUUAGUUUCCCGCCAAAUUUUGACGUUGACAUUAAAAGAAAGAUGGCGUCCAAAAAAGUUCGUUCGGAAACGUGGCGAAAAUGCUUUAAUGAUAUUUGUUUUGCUUAGUCACAAACAGUCACUAAGGUAAAUCCAUUAAAAUUCGAUGGAAUGUUAAAAUAUUUAAAAGUGCUGGUUGAAUAAUGCUCAAAGAUCGAUUGUCGUCGUUUCAGGAUAACUGGGUUUAAAAAAUAUUUAAAAAAAUGGGCUUGAUAGCAUUAAAAGUAGAAAAAUAUCUUUUUGAAAUUUCCUUUUUGAUAUAGAUAUUAAAACACAACUUUUGUCAUUAAUUUCCAAGAUAUCUUGACUAAAAUACUUAUGGCUUGGUUACACUGUCGGUAUAUUCAUAACUUAUUAGACAGAUAAUAAUGCAGCUAUCAGACACUUUUGCAACAGAUAGGCUGUCAUUUUGUCAGUAAUUGCAACGAUCCUAGUUCGAUUGAGCCCCAAGUAAUCAGUCGACAUCUUGCGACCAUUUUGAUACUAUUAAGAUUGAUAUGACAAAGCGUAUGGUGAUAGAUCAGAUUAGUCCAUCGCUUAUAUAAAAUGUCCCAUCAUCUUAAAAGGACACAAUCCCUGUGUCGGUUUUUACGACAUGCUCGGAAGAUAAGUAGCUAAACGUGUUACCUAUAUGUUUUUUAUUCACUUCCAGUCCAUAGAGGUACCGAAAUACAACGAAUUUUAAAUCAAGCCCAUUUUUUGUACCACUAUACAAUAUUUAACUCUCUCUGAUUCGUAAUAAGUAUAUCUAUCUCUUAAAUCGUUUAGGAUACAAUUCAUAAUAUCUAUAAUAUUCGUAAACGCUAAACUAACAAGUAUUUAGAUGCAAAACGUUAGGUUUCUGGGACCCCAGCUAAUAUACACGUUCUCUUUAAAAUGAUUUAAGAAAUUAAAUUAAUUAUGGGCGAAUUUAUUUUUCCUUUAAUUACACAAAAAUGUAGGUAAGUAAUAUUUUUGUUUUGAGGGUUGAUUUUGGACGAAUCUAAAUUUAAUUUAAAUUUAUUUUGACAGCUCUAAAACCUAAUAGAGUCAUCCUUCACUUAUGACUAUGUAGAGCUAGUGUUAGAACUGCCAUCAUCACUUUCUUAGCGUUAACCACAUUAUAAUGGAAUCUGUUUUAAAAUUUUACCUAAACCAGACCCCGGACACUUCAUACAAACAACCUUGUUUUACACGGACAACACGGCAACUGCGUGUGUGACGUCUGACGCCAUACGAUUCAAGACUAAACUAUGCGAGCGGAGAGUUGCCGUUCUAUACAUAGUAUUAUUCCUUAUUCUAUGCCUGAAGGUCCAAUUUGUUACAUAAGCAGCGUUUUCCGCUUACUUGACAUGAAGAUUUAUAUCCUGUCCUGUCUGACCUUCCAACAGAAGUUUUAGAACUGUUUAAUUAAGUUAAAAUUUUCCAUUUUUUCUACUUCAGGGCUUAUAGCCAUCUCAUCCUUACCCUGUGUCGUCUAACGCGUAAGAGUGAGCGAAACACGUUUCGCGCGCUCUCUCCCUUACCCCGUUUACGGCCGUUUAAAGUUAGACCCAGAGGGGGUGAGGCCUGCGCCUGAUACGAUUGGAGCGGGCGGGGAGAUACCACAUAAUACGUAGUAAAUAUUCUUUAUUCUAUGCCACAAACUUAAUUUUGUUUAAGUUCCUAAACUAGCUCUGUCUUUUUCUUGUACUUAUCGUAAGUAAAGGACUGCACUAUUAAAAAAGUCAAACUAGUGAAUUCUCCUUCUUGUAUCGUGUGGGUUGUGAGGUGGAUUACCAACCCCAUCAACCCUGGUGUCAGGGUUAUUAUUGAGUAAAUUAAAAACGAGCUGUAUUACUAGCUAAACUAGUAAAUUAAAAAGUAAGUUUUCUCCGACAGAAUUAGCGCGAAUCGUGAAUUAAAGUAAUCAGGGAUAAUUCCAAACUUUUUCUUUCUUUAGCUUUCGGGUCCCAGAAAGUAUCCCAGUUACCCUGUUACGGCGAUGGCGUGAAGACAGUCAAGUUGUCUGGUGAUAGGAUGGUAUAUACAUGGGCGGU